UGGUGUUUCCAGACAGACACAAUCAAACCAGAUCUCACGCACAGAACCUCUGAACUAGGAUGAACAGUCGAUUGUCGAUUAAAUCAAUUCCUCAUCGCAGGGAUGUCAGACGCCAACAAACAGCUGAUGGCUCAGAAAAGUGGUAAAAUUGCAGCUGGAGCAGUUGUGUGUGUUGAGAGUGAAAUAAGAGGAGAUGUGUCCAUCGGAGCCAGAACAGUCGUCCACCCAAAGGCCAGGAUCAUAGCAGAGGCUGGGCCUAUUGUUAUUGGAGAGGGGAAUCUAAUAGAGGAGCAGGCUCUUAUUAUCAACAGUUAUCCAGAGAACAUCAUGCCAGACACAGAGGGAGUGGAGCCAAAGACCAUGACGAUUGGAACCAACAACGUGUUCGAGGUUGGAUGUGUUUCCCAAGCUCUGAAAAUUGGGGACAAUAAUGUGAUUGAGUCCAAGGCUGAUCUUGGGAGGAAUGUGAUCCUGACCAGCGGCUGCAUCGUGGGCGCCUGCUGCCAGGUCAACACGUGCGAGGUCGUGCCCGAGAACACGGUCGUGUACGGCUCAAACUGCAUCAGGCGCGUGCAGAGUGAGAAGCCGCAGCCUCAGACUCUGCAGCUCGACUUCCUCAUGAAGAUUCUGCCCAACUACCACCACCUGAAGAAGACGGUGAAGGGAAGCGGCACGCCCGUGAGGAACUGACGUGUAGGAAUUUAAACGUCCUGCACACGCUGACACCACGAACUCUCACAUUUCCCUCAGUUUGCACUCGUCGCACACUUUAGUGUUUUUCCCUAAUGUCUAAUAAAAUCACCUGUAGCAUCAAAAAAGUUCAGCACACUCGACAUUUCUUCCACCAGGAGCCUUUCGGGGGACUUUUGGGGCCCAAAGAAACACUUUUCCAGAAUUUAAAGGUUUUUUUACAUGUCUGCCAUUAUCGGGGGCCCCCUCUUAGCUUGGGCCUGCAGCGGCCCUGACUGCCAUUAUUCUUUUACUUAUCAUUUACAUUUGUAAUGUGUUCCAGUCCUGAAAUAAAACAUUUUCAAAUAAGUCAA